GUAGGAAUUUUACGUCCCCUUCAGUGUAUGGUUCGAAGAUGGUCGACCAAUCCAACUUUUGUUGAGAUCUUUCGCAGGAUCCAAAGUGUGAGUAAGACAACUUCGGAAAUCACAACUGAAGAGGCAUUUGGGAAAGGCGGAUCAUCUUCUCGCUGCAUAUUAAAGGACUCGAGACUUCAUCAAUCGCAGCUCUUUGCUUCUUUGGUUUCGAUUGAAGACAAAUCCAUUCCAGUUUCUUCGACUGUGGAGUAUCUGCAUACUGCAAGUACUUGUAGUCGAAUUGAAGCAUGGUUCUCUUUGAACGCGACGAAGAUUGGUGAUGAAGAUCAAGUUCCAUACUGUACUUCUCGUUUGUUCUGAUCUUUGACAUCUCAGGAUCUGAAUCGCUGCCAUCUCAUUCCGCACACGACCAAGCCGAUCAACUGCAAUCAGGCCGUGCAAUCCAAAGUUGGAAGAAGGAACAACUCAGUCACCGAGUUGUUGCAGGGGAUGGAAAUCAAUUAAAGGUUUCCUACGCAAUCUGUGACGUGCAAUAAACAUCUGAUAAUCCGAUUGUAGGCUUCAAAAUACUACAGUGUUGAUGAAGUUGGUCACUGGUUGCUGCAAAGCUGCAAAUAUCUUCAGGAGGUCGGAAGAUUCGGUUAAGACUGAACAUCGACCCCGAAGACGUCUCAAGUUUAACCCGAAGGAUGUCGACGUCCCAAAUCAUGACAACAUUCACUGGAGCCAUGAUGGCACUAACAUUUCUGGCUAUUAUAGGAAUCAUCACCCUAGUGCAAACUGUAGAAGGCAAGCCCUUUCCAGCUCCUGACUUGAAACUCUGCAACUAUACCGUCCGUUCAUUUGAGGGCUGUUGUACGCUGCCCGUGCGCCUCGGCUCUCUCAAGAAAUUUGACUUCCAGCCCCAGUUGCCAAUGAGAGUGCGCCCUGCGGCGCAUCUAAUUGACGACGCCUACAUUGCCAAGUACCAGAGGGCGGUGGAGAUUAUGCGAGCACUUCCAGACACGGACGGCCGGUCAUACCUGGCGCAGUACAGACUUCAUUGCGCUUAUUGCAACAACCAUCUCUACUACGAAGGUCGUGAGCAUCCUCUUGAGAUACACCAAAAUUGGCUUUUCCUCCCGUGGCAUCGUCUCUACUUGUACUUCCAUGAACGCAUCCUGGCGAAGCUGAUCGGCGAUGAUGAGUUUGCCAUUCCCUAUUGGGCCUGGGACAAUCAGUCGCCGAUACCGCCAUUCCCUGGCGAGAUCCCGAAAGCAUUCGCCCAUGAGUGGAGCUUAUCGCCAAAUGCAAUAAACAAGACAUCUUCCUUGUAUGACCCCGACCGUAACAGUUGUAGCAAAAACCCGCAGAUAGUAGAGUUUCAAAACUUCACCGCAUGCCCGUUGCCGCAGAACAAGUCCGCAGUUCGAGAACAAAACGCUCAGCUGAUGUGGACGCAAGCAGUAUCGGUGUCAGUAACGCCUUUGAUCAUGGCUGGGGCACCGUAUCGAUUCGGUGAUGACGGUGGUAUGGGAAUGGGGGGCAUCGAAGGGCGACCUCAUGGUCCUGUUCACGUAUGGACCAAUACGAAAGAUAUGGGCACGUUCAAAGACUCUGCUGCAGACCCCAUUUUCUUCUCACAUCACGCCAACAUCGACCGCUUAUGGGAAGCAUGGAAAACACUGCCUGGAAAGUAUCGCAAAGACGUGACGGACCCUGAUUACCUUAACACGGCCUUCACAUUCUACGACGAAGACGGCGACCAAGUGUCCGUCACGGUGGCGCAGGCGCUCGACCUGGAUCUCCUAAGGGUGAAGUACCAGGAGCUGCCUAUGGCAUGGACGGACAAAGGAACCGUCACGGAGGGCUCGAAGCCAACCUGGAGCUUCUGCAACCCGAAAUCUUCCGAAUCUGACAUCGCUGAAAUGGUUAAAAACACCCCCCGUUUUAAGGAACCUGUUUGGUUAAAAGAGGGUCCGGUCACGUUCAAACUUAAGCGAAGACCUUGGUUGUCAGACCGCCACGGAGAGGAGUUGCUUCAAAUCAAGGCGAACUUCCCAUGGAACUCCUCGCAUCUGAUAAAUGUGUUCGCGUUCCUGCCGGACGCAAACUACGAGACGUCUUCGAUCGGGUGUCUGGAGUAUAUUGGAAAUUUGCUCUCCUUCCCCCACGUAGGUCAAGCGCCGGCUGUUCCUCCAGUGGUUAACUUUAAAAUGGGGAUUCGGCGCAAGCUGGAGCUCAUGGGACGGGCUCACUUAAAGGAGAUUGUGAUCACGCUUGUCGGCGAAAAGACGAUACCGAGUGCUCCGCCAGGAGCUCAAGGGGAGACUGGGAUCACCCUCACCAGCCUCAAAAUCAUACAUUCUAAGAAGUAGAACUGUAGGGCAUUUAUUCAUGGUUUUGACUUUUGAUCAUUAACAGUUAAGACUCCUGGGCUUAUCUGUAUUCUUUCUUUUUCUAUUUCUAAACGCACGGGGUGCACCCUUUGCUGAUUCCACUUUUUGGACUUACCUGCAUCUAAACAAGCUAGUUAGCUACUUUAAUUCAGGCUUUUUCUAACCUAUUCAGGUAGUUCAGUUCAUUUUGAGGUCUCUUGCGGAUUGGCCACAGUGGUAUUCAGAGAUUCUCUAUGUGGAAGACGUUUGUGGCGGACUUCUAUGCACGGAUUGGCCAUUUGAAUUCAGUGGAUCUGUAGAGGUAGUAGUUCGUGAAUAUGACCCCCUUCGUUACUGGGAAGUAGGCAGCAUUGGAUUUGCAGCAAAGAAUUUACUGCGUAUUUACAAAUAAAGAAAAUUUGAUAGUUCGCUA